UAAGAUUUGACUGAAAGGUCUGCCGGUGAAUUGGAUUUUCUACUUAAAAACGAAUGUUUUACCAUAGUUUCUUUAUAAAUUGAAUAUUUUUAAAAUUAAAAAAAAAAUGGUACUAGUACGUAAAAUUGAAGAGCCUGAAGAAGGUUUAGUUUACAAAUCGGAUAAUAUUAAAAUUAAAAUAGGUGAAAAACUCAUCGGAAAUGGAGUACUAUAUUUAACCGAAGAUUGUCUUAUGUGGAAACCGGAUGAUUCUCUUGAGGGUAUAUCUAUGCUUUGGAAACAAAUUAGCUUACAUGGAAUUUCCAAUAAUCCAUCAAAAUGUAUAUACCUAAUGUUAGAUCAUCAACUUGUAUGGGAAGGUGUAUAUGACCCAAGUGCAGCCAAUGGAAAUGCAAAUGGUAAUGCAAUGGAACAAGAAGAAGAUGACGACAGUGAAAAUGAUGAAGGAAAUGAGUCUGGUUGUCAGGAUGACAUGACUGAAAUGUGGCUUAUACCAAACGAUAUUACUGCAGUUGAUCAAAUAUUCCAAUCUAUGAAAGAAUGUCAAACAUUGCAUCCUGAUUCUGCUGAUAGUAUAUCUGAUGAGAGUGAUUUUAUGGAUGCAGUCGAAGAGCAAAAUGAAGAUGAAUUUGAUGAUGAUAAUCAUGGUGAGAAUGUUAAUGAUAUGAGAAAUUUAAACAUAAAUCAAGAUCAUUUUGAAGAUGCUUAAAGAGUUAAUGAAAAACAAGAGUGCUAAAAGAAUCUAUUACGCUAAUUAACGGCUUCAAAGUUUUAUUGUUUAUGCAAUAUUUUACAAUUAGUGUUCAAUGUUUAUAUGUAGAAUGUAGAUUGAAAUACUCCAUCAUACUUUUUAUAUGCAUUACAUAUGUAAAAUCUUGAAAAAUUAAUUUUUUAUUCUGUUCAUAUUUCUUAAUAGGUCUUAUAUCAAAAAUUGUUAAAAUAUAAAUAUCUCUAGCACAGGGGUUUAAGUAUUCGAGUUGUUUUCUGCAUUUAAAAUACUAUUUGAUUUUUUUUAACUUUAACGUAAGAAUGAGUUUGCAAUUGGAAAUAAAAACAACUUUAUUAUAUGUAA